UCCUUGCAAUUGGUCACACUGAUUCAUGUCACUCAACUGUCAGUAUUGAAAAAGAAUAAAUUUUUCUGAAAAAUGAAUUCCAUAAUAAAAUCUGCAAUUACAAACAAAAUAUUAAAAUCUAAUGCAGUAGUGUUGACUGCGUUACGAAAUGCUGGACAUUGGAAUAAGGAUUAUAAACCAGGACCUUACCCCAAAACUGAGGAAGAAAUGGUAGCUGCUGCGAAAAAGUAUAAUUUAUCGAGAGAGGAGUACAAACCAUACAAAGAUGAUGGUUCAGGUUGUGGUGAUUACCCAGAUCUUCCACUGAUCUCAAAUGACUCAAAAGAUCCCUUUUAUCCAUAUGAUAACCCCGAAUUAAAGCGCAACUUUGGUGAAACAUUGCAUUCUGAAUUUGAUUUGAUCAGAGAGGAUCGUUAUGAUGUGUCUGCCCGACUAAGACAUCCAAUGUGGGUUUACUGGACCCAAUUUUUAGGUGUGAUGGUCGGCUGUUUUGUUGUUUAUGGUUUGUUUGAACAAGUUAAGAUGUUCCCUCAAGCCACACCAAGACAAUACCCCAACAAAACGCAUUACACCUUUGAACCUAAGGAAUAAAUAGAUUAUUUGUAAAUAUUAAUUGUAAAAAUAAAUAAUUUUAAAGGAAA